AUGCUGGAAGAAACCCCGCCAAAGCUCUGGGAUCUGUAUGAGGCUAUGAUUCACGAUAGCUCGAACAAGCUGAAUGUCGGUCAGAUCCAAUGCCGAAACAGCAUUCUACUGCUCCUCGUGGGUACCCAAGCCCCGAUCACGUGGAAGGAAAUCAGCAGUGCCUUGUCUCUGAGGGGAGAUUCCGAAGAGGUGAUUUUCGAACUCUGCGGGCAACUGGUGACUUGGGCGGGCGACCUUCUGCAUUUCAGCCACCCCACGUACGCGUCAAAGGCUCGGAUUGCCCAGCUUCUUCGGGGCAAUUUCAACGAACCUGUAUUGACAACGGGAAUCUUCCCUACCCGGGAAGCCAUGUCAUACGAAUAUGCUGCACGACAUUGGGGUUAUCAUCUUUCCAAAGUGGUCUCACCAGAGCCCGAACUUCUGUCCAUCGCGAACGAAUUCUUGCACUCCUUCCAGUCGGUCCACUGGGGUGAAUUCGCCUACAGACUUGCUCGAGGCAACCAGAACACUGCAAGUAACUUAUCUAUCGUUCAAGCGGAUUACGGGUAUCUACACGAGUGGUUCGCCAAAUUGUCAGAGGAAUCCAAGUCUCAAAUCGGAAUUGACGAUUUCUUCAUUGACCCAUAUGAGAGGAUUAGCAAGUUGUGGGCAACACCACCAGAGGAUGACAAAGUUCUGCCGUGGAUGCCUCUUAUACGGCUGGGGGGGUAUUGUUGGGAGAUGGCCCUGGUAGAUCAGGGUAUCAAAUUCCGACGUGAAGCAAGAAACGGGUGUAUUGAGACUCUCGGGCCGCGGCACCCCUUGACACUGCGAAGUCGAAAGGACAUGUGUCAGGUAUUUAUGAUUGAGGGUCGAUAUCUGGACGCCUUGGACGAGUACAAUGCAGUUGUGGACGCACAGCGCGAUGUGUUAGGCCCAGACAACCCCGCUGUAUACGAGACACUUUCUCAUCGUGGCAUCACGGAGUUCCUAGUGACUCGCUUUAACGGAGCCAUUCAGUCCGAGACAGAAGCGAGCAAAGGGCUGCUGCGAUCGGAAGAACCAGAAAGCACUCUAUAUAUUGUAUCUCAAUGGAUUUUGACGUGGCCCUUGAGUUACACGGGAGAUUACCAGAAGGCGCUCGAGAUUUGCCAGGACCUCUUCAGGCGACGGAGGGAGAAACACGGCCGCGGAGAUCCUUACGCCUUGAUGUUUACGAUGGUCAUGGGCGAGUUGUUCCGGAAGCUGGAUCGGAUGGAGGAAAGCAUCCAGCGGCUUGAGGAGGGUUUUGACGUACAGAGACAGGCACUGACCGGGUCCAUCUCCCAAAACAUGGGCCUCCUGGAUCCUGCCAUCAACCUGGUGUUGUCAUAUCGCGAAUCAGGCCAGAAUGACAAGGCUUGGAAGCUCAUUGGCGAGAUCGAGGGCCCCGAGGACGAACUUCCUGACAAUUUUUACGAUCGGCAAUGUCAGAUCACGCACGUCAAGGGCCUCCUUCUCUCGGAUGAGGGCAAGGUCAAUGCUGCCAUCAGUCUCUUGCAGGGGUUCUUUGUUAAAAUCAACAGAGAUCAGUACAACCGGGCUGUACUCUGGCUACUACUCGAUCUGGCCGCCAUGCUGCGUGCUCGAGGUGAAGAGGGCGACGAGGACCAAGCUUUGAUCAACUUCCAAAAUAUCCUACGAAAGAUAGACGAGGCUAACAGCUCUCCCAUCGAGGUGAUCGGAGAUGAGCUUGGUUUGGAGGAUGAUCUUACGUCUGAGGGAGAACCGGAUCUUCCGGGUCUCCUGCACGAUGCAGAGCACGCUCUCACGCUUGUGCGAAACCUGAAGUUUGCCGAAGCUGAGAUGUUCUUGGUGGAGAAGCAGGUUGAGUGGUACAGGCAAAAGGACUUCUGGAUCAUAUACGGCUCCGUUCCAGCCGAUACCACGACGAUGAAGCCCCCUUCGCUCGAAGUGGUGGACGAGUUCAUCCCGAUAAGCUACCCCAAGAGGGCGAAGAAGUGCUCGCUGCGGUAG